UUUCAUAUUAUUUUUUUCCCUUUUUAUGUCCACAAGAUUUCUCAGAGAUUGCUGAACAGAUUCUCUUGAAAUUUUCAUGGAUGAUAGACAUUGAUAAUCUCGAGGUGUUUUCGAGGUUAAGUGAAGAUUUUUUUUUUUAAAUAUGAACAAAUUUUCAAUGAAUUUUAAUUAUCUCUACUUUAAAGGAGCAUGCCCCUCAUUUUCAAAAAGGACUAUAUUUGGUAUGGUCAAAUAUCUGCCCCAAUUUCAACCAAUUUUUAAAUAGUAUUGUAUGCAAUCUAAUUAAAAUUAGAUGUUUGAUCCGCUCGCUUACUCGCUACACAAACAUCUAACAACAUCCCAUAGAGGGUCACGUCAGUGUGACCUUUUAGCUAACCAAUGAAAUAACUUGUUCCGAUUCGUUGGGUGAGACUUCGAACUUCUCGGCUUUAUCAUCAGCGUACGUAGAUACCCGAGGUGUUCUAAACGAAAGAAAACAAAUAUGGCGCAGUCUAUGACACCUAGGAAAACGUGUGUUUUGGGAGAUUCGUGCAUUGUUUGCGGGUUUUCUUUCGUACAGCAUGAAAGGACUGCAGACGGUAAAGACAUAAUUCAUAAAUUCUAUCAGUCAAAGCUUAAAUUGAACUCGGAAAGGAUCGAAUACAUUAAGAAAGUGAGUGAAAGAUCCGACAUCCAAGAAUGUGACGGGGGUAUAUGCAGAAAAUGCUUCAGAUCAGUUGAGUCUGUCAUUAAAACAGAUGAAAAAAACCAAGCUGCAAAACAAAAGAUCAGGGAAAGCAUAGAUUUUGUAUAUAGAACACAAAUUAUAUCCCUCCCCUCUCCCAGACGGACGUCUGUUACUAAGAGAAUGUUACGUCCUGAUCCGAACCCCCCUGACACGAGUGGUACUUGCAGUGGACCGGCAAACCCCCUCGCCAAAGUUUCGUUUGUUUCACCUGUGAAACUGUCCCCAUUCCGUGAAUUAACGAAGUACAGAAAAAUUGCACCACAAACUGAGAUCCUGAGCAAAGUCAGUGAAAAAGAACAAGACUUUGAACCUGUUCCAAAAACAAAGAGAGCCCUUUUCUCUGUCAAAGAGAACAAAUCUGACCAAUGUUCCCUUGAUGGGAGAGUAGAGGUUGUGGUGCACUAUCCAAGUGGGAGAAAAUCUGCGACUAUCAAAGAGGAUGCCCACCAACAGAUCUGCAAAGCUAUAGCAAGAGGUGGAAAUGCAGACAGUACCAUAGUUGACAUUUUGCGUAAACACAACCCAAUGGUAUUAGUGCAAGGCUCCCAGAAGAUUGUGCAAGAAGAAUGUAAAGCAGUUUCAAAAAGAGGUUCAGGAACACUACUCCAACAGAAAACCCAUGCAGAUUUUUUCAACUUCCGAUGGGAGAAUAUCUACCAACAACUGCAGAUGAUGUGUCCAGCACUUUUAUCUAUAAUAACAGCUACUGUGUCUGACAUUCCACCUGUUGUUGGAAGCAAACCAUUUCUUCAUGCUUUGCAAACUGUAGGCAUAGCACUUCAUGGAAGAAGUCAGGAGAUGGCUGUUAUGCAGUACAUAAAUGGUUUUCUUUUAUAUCAUGGUGGAUGCACACAGCGGGACAUAGAAAGACUAUCUCAUGUUGGGUUAACAGUACAUCCACUCACUAUAAAGAGAAAGCUACUUGACUGGCAGGAUGUGUUGGACAAAGAAAUUUUAAAGAUUCGGGAUUCUUGGGCUGAAGGAGGAAGUGUCAAAUAUCAAAUAAUUGGAGACAAUUGGGACAAGAACAUACUUCCAUCAUAUAGAACAUCGGAUCGGAAAACUAUUUCUCUUCAUCUGUUUCAUGUGUACGCCAUAGUGGAUAGAGUUAUCCCAACUGAACGUGGCUGUCAUGCUUCCGCACCACAUGACAUUGAAGUUGGAACCUUCAUUCCAUCCAUAGACGACCAAAAGAACUUGAUGAAAGAGCUAACAUUUAUUUUCUCUACAUCAGUCAUCGAAAAUCAUCCUGAAUUGCAGAAAAUAUAUGGAAAGAUCUACCCAAAGCAUUUGGAACAUAAAUAUUCUCACUGUGUUGGAAAUAAAACAAAACAAUACCCACUUGGACUUUUUGAUUGCAACGAGAAUAAAACACCUGAGUUGAUUCGGCUUUUGAAAACGUUAUCUGUUUAUGUCCCAUGCAAGGAUGGAGAAGUAGUGGAAUCUGUCUUUUUUGGAGGUGACAGGUUAACAGAUGAACGAGUGCAAGCAGCUCAGAAAGCUAUGGCUAAUGCUGAAACACCGCUGCAAAAAUUACAAGGCUUUGUGUCCAAAAUUGAGGACUUCCACAGACUCAUGAAUUUCUUAGAGGCUAUACACAAACUGACAUAUUCAACCAAGAGUGCUGUGGACCAAGGCACAGUAUAUUACUAUCGGAACCUCCUGAACAUGAGAAAUGUGAAAGGGCAAGUGUAUAAUGCCUACAGAGCAUACAAGAUGCUGUAAUAUGUGAUCCUGGAUGCCAUCUGUUUGCUACUUUUCCUGAAUUUCUUUGACGUUCCAGACAUUGAACAUGCAAUUGAUCUGCCAAGAAACUUUGCAGCUAUGUCAGAUGAAGAAAAAAUAGAGUACAUUGACUCUGUUAGUGAAAACAUUCUGAGGAAGUAUUUUUUUGACAGUACAGAUGACAUUUUUCAGAAUUUACGUAACAUUGUGUGUGACCCACAACACCCAGAAAACUAUUGGACAUCAACACUAGAGGAAGGAAGAUUUAAAUGUCAU